UUUCAGAAUGAUGAUACUCAUGACUUUUAGUUUUUAGCUUCAGGCCUGAUCUUAAUUUAAACCAAGAGUUCGGAUUCGCGAAGUUAGUAGGUGGUCUAGAGGAGGAGCAGGCCUGUCCAAAUAUAUGACCGUCGCAUGACUUGUUAAGCGGCGUAGGAAUUUCUCAAGCAUGGAGAGCGACAGUGCAUUCGUGGCUCCUGAGGGCGUUUACUCUGUCACUGAAGAACAUAAACCUCUUCCAGUUCCCAUUCACUCUUCUACAGCAGCACAACCCAUCUACCAAACUCGCCUUUCAUCCAUCACAGUCCGCUUUCCGCCAAAGCACUCAGUUUCCCCAGGUCUCGCCCAGUUUCUCGGUGCAAAUCUAACAAAGGAUCUUAAAAAAGACAAGGAAAAAGAGCGGGAGAAAGAGAAAGAGGCCGUCGUAAAGGAGCGCCCCUUGCUGGAGGAGCGGAGCAUGUCAUCCGGCAGUACCCCAGAAGACAGCUUUUCAUCUCCAGAUGUAGUAGCUACCCCAGACCUCUCAGCAGAACCCCAGCAGUACAAACUCUUCUCCCACCCUUCCGUCUCAGUAGGUAAAAAGAAAUCGAAUAUAUCACGACCAAAACACAACAUGCGCACCACAUCAUCCACAUUCAUCACACGUCUUCAAAGCACUGAAGGUCUCAGCAAGACACUCGCAGCAAAACAAGGCGAUGUCACAUUCUUGUUCUAUAAUACCGGAAAGGCCUUCUUGUGGAUCGAGGUCGGGUCAAAAACCAAGGAACCACUAACAAGGAUUAGCUUCUCUGCAUACCCAACUUGUCACGACGUAAACCCCUCCACCGCAUCCUCAGAACGAUUAGAUGUUAUCAUAGGAUUCAGCACAGGCGACCUAGUAUGGUUCGACCCAAUAUCAAGUCGCUACUGCCGCCUCAACAAACAGGGCACCAUAUCCUCCUCCUUAUGCACAGCCGUCCGUUGGGUUCCCUCCUCUCCAACCCUCUUUCUCGUCUCCCACGCAGACGGAACCAUAAUUGUUUACGACAAAGAACGCGAAGACGGCAUAUUCACUGCCACCAUUCCAAAUGGACUCACAAAUACCCCGCAUAUAACCAUCAACGCACAUCAUGCAUCUCCUGUAAGUGAUGAAUGGGACCCUCUAUCAACGAUAUUUGUCACACCUCCGCCGUGGCAUCCAGAAGCAAUCGGGAGAGGAGAGAAGGGCGUGGUCGUGAAGAACCCCGUAAGCCAUUGGCGUCUGUGUCGCCGUGGUGUCGUCGACUUCGUGUUCUCCCCUGAUAAUAAAUAUGUAGCUGCCAUUUCAGACGAUGGGUGUCUGAGGGUGAUCGAUCCACUUGCAGAGCAGCUGGUGGACUGCUAUGCAUCCUAUUUCGGUUCAAUGACAUGUGUUGCAUGGUCUCCUGACGGGCGUUUCAUCCUCACGGGCGGCCAAGACGACCUGCUCACCAUUUUCUCGCCCUGGGAACAACGAGUUGUCGCACGAUGUCAAGGACACUCCUCAUUCGUCUCAGCCGUCGCUUUCGACGAGCUCCGCUGCGAUGGGCGGACAUACCGCUUUGGUAGCGUAGGAGAGGAUAACAAACUCAUUCUCUGGGACUUUUCCUCUGGCGCUCUUCAUCGCCCCAAACUCCUCGGAGCACACCAUCCGCGCCCAUCGGUGUCAUCUAGUAUCUCGCUCGCUCACCGACGCGGAACGGGGUCGACGAUUCAACUAUCUGCACCACGGUAUCAUCCUGCGCCUUCGAGGAAUGAAGUGUCGACUGUACAACCUGUAUUGGUCAGUUUUCUUUCUUUCUUCCAUUUUUCUACACGAUUUUCCCAUCGUGAAGGCAACUGGUUGACUUAUAACGCACAACAGGUAAAACAACUCGACGCCGACCUCCUCACAUCCCUCGCCUUCCUCCCGCGCGCGCUCAUAACAGCGUCAAAAGCAGGCCACGUCCGAGUAUGGGUACGGCCAUUGGUCAUGGCUAAUGCUAGCCCUAGGAGAAGGCAUACGCGUGGGACGUUGUCUGUAACAGAUUUUCGGGGGGUAGUUCAUUGAAUGGGGUUCAUAGUGGUUCGAUCCGAGUCUGUGGUGGUUGAACUUCGUAGUGACGAUGACUUCGCGGUGGCCCGACUUCGGCAUCGUUGGGAAGCAGAGAUGGGCGACAAGGAUCUAACUUAUUUGUGGAUUAUGUAUAUCUCAGCGUAAAUUCCGCAUGCGCACGCACGUACCAAGAUUUAUCGAUACCGCCUAUAAUUUUAUCGGUUUUCUCUGCCCUGACUUGAUGUGUGUGGCGUAUCAAGCAUCGCUCGAUCUCUCCUCAAAAUCAUCCGUCAUAUCAUUCGCAUCCUCCGCUUCACUUGCUGUCCCCGUUUCACCCUCAUCAUCCAUAUCUUCCAUGCUUGCGUCCAGAUCUGCUCCUGAAUCGUCGUUCUCCUCGCCAUCCUCGUUAAUCGAAGGGCCG